AUGGCAGCCAUCCCUUCCAGCAGUUCACUGGUAGCCACUCACAACUACUACUGGUGCCGCCUGUGCUCCACAUCCAGCAACAGCUCCUGUGGAAGUGCAAAGUAUCCUGGGGAGGCCAUCCCCCACCACCCUGCUUCCUCUUCAGGAAGUCCACUCUUCCAUUCAUGGCCACUGUGUUGGAGUCCCAGAGCACUCAGAAUCCACCAAUGA